UCACAAUAGUCAAAACCUUAAAAUAUUCCUACUUUUUGCAUUUAGUUUUUGCUUGGUACAUUUUUACGCGUUUAUUCCUGUCUUUCUUUGCAGUUUUGGACAUGUUCUACUCCAAAACAUUCGUGGGCUUUUUAAUAUAAAGAGGGGCGGGGGGUAAAGACGCCAGUCCAAGUUCUUCCCUCGAACACAACCCCUUUCUUCGUUUUAACCGCCAUGCCAAAUUCCGGCAAAACUCUCGAUCAUUCUCUGAUAAAGAGUCUCGAACUGAGGCUCUAGAGUUCGUUAUGCGCAAUAUAUCAACAACUCCUGACUCCGAUCAAAAUCUCCCAGAAAUUUUAGGACAACUGAAGUCUGUGUUUCGGAAAACAUACAAAGGCCAGGAACAACAUGAAAGUGGUGAUAUGGUUGAUGAUAUCAGCAAUUUACCUGAUUGUAUUCUUCAUCAAAUUCUAUCUUUUAUUCCCACAAAAGAAGUUGUAAAGACGUCCAUAUUGUCUACAAGAUGGAAGAACCUCUGGGCUUCUGCACCUAACAUUGAUUUUGAUGAUGGAUUGUUGUAUGCUAAAACAGUUGAUGGUCGGUGUCGGCCUGAGCACACCAUUGUUCGGUUCCCAGAUGAUGCCUCUACAGAAAAACUUUUCUCAGGAUGCCCGUUUCUAGAAGAACUGGUUUUAUUAGAUUGCUACUUGGUGAACUUGAAUAACAUUGUGAUUUGUAGUUCCACCUUAAAGAGCUUGACCAUACAUGAUCUGCCAUAUUUUGGUGAAUUUGACGAUACUAGUGGCUGUAAUAUCAAGAUCGAUGCAGUAAAUCUUACAUGUUUUAAAUAUUUUGGAAACCUAUUAAACGAUAUUCUAGUGAAUAAUGCCUUAUCCCUGGUCGAUGCAUUCAUUCACAUUCCUAUUCCCCAAGAGAGGGAAACAGAAGUCACAUAUCGAGCUAUUGAUCUACUCAAACAACUAAGAUAUGUUGUGUCUUUGAGGAUAUCUAAUCGCAUCAUGGAGUCUCUUAUAUUUGCAGAUAACAUGGUCCACUAUUCUCCGGUUUUUUCAAAUUUGAGGCAUUUAGUGUUGACUAUGGAAAGUGGGAAAUAUCCGUUUGGAGGUCUGAUGGAUUUGCUUUACUUCUGUCCAAUUCUACAAUCUAUUAGUCUUCUGGAGGGAUUCGAGCACCACAUGUGCCUUGGUGAAAACGAUCCAAUUUUGAUAUUAGUACCUAUAUGCAUGUUGAGUUGCCUUAAAAUAGUUACUUUCAAGAACUUUCAUUCUAAUGAUUCAGAAAUAUAUUUCCUCAAAUGCAUUUUGAAGUAUGCGUGCGUUUUGGAGAGGAUGGACAUCGUGUGGUCUAAGACUCGGCUACCAGAUCUAAAGAAGCAAGCACAAGCCAGGACAGAAUUAGAAACAAUCCGAAGGAGCUCUACAGCCUGUCACGUCAAGUUCUCAUAAAAUCUGAAGAAAACCCUAAGUACUUUGGUUUUUUUUUAGUAUUUAUUUUGCAUCUUCAGAAUGUACGCUAUAGUGGAACACACCAAUUUUACCAGAAAGUACACCCAAAAAUUCUCUUUUACAGAAUACAGUUUUUAAAUAAUACCAUCAUCGAUAGACAUCCCACCCCAUUAAGAGAUACCAUAACC